UUUUAUUUUCUUGCCACCAACAUUUUCUCUUGCUGCAAAAAAAGAAACAAACAAACACAGCUACAACCGGCAGUUUUUUACUUUGUGACCACCGCAUUAUUACUCAACCAGCCCGUUUCUUCGCCCAAUGCUAUGACCCUAAUAAUGUGGCAGCAUUUAUUCGUCGUCCUUCCUUUUUCCUCUAGCGUAACCACCGAUCCUAUUCUGCCUUAUGAUGUCAAUUCCCAUCAAUCUCUUUUAAUGAACUCUUUUCCUUCCCAAAAUAACAACAUCUUCCAAUGGUCCGAGCUUUCUAACGCAGUAAAUAUUAUCCAUCUUUUAGAACACGUUCAUUUGCUUAGACCACCUCGUUCCCAGUCCUCUUCACCAACCCUUGUUAAUCAAAGCCUAAAUUGUGUGGAGAUAAAUCGUCAGGAAGCAAAGACAUCUUCUUUUUAUAAAAAGGAAAAAAAGAAAUUACAAUGCCAAUAGUCCAUCAGACUACUCAACCAAGCAACUCCAGUUUCUCCCCUUCCAUCGAACAUCAGACUGUACGCAGUGACAUUAAGGAUCGCAAGGGCAGUAGUAACAACAUUAAAGACCUCAAGCAGCAACAGCACAACGCCCACUCGAAGGUACACAUGCUAGGACAGGAGCCCUCCCUCGGUCAGAGCGAGAUUCAUUAUCAUCUUCCGAAUCAUUCAACUCGAGGGAGUCUUCCUCAGUCAAACGGUGCUGAUUCACUUCAACAGAACCAUAGGCCUGAUUCCCCUGCCAGCCUAGAGGACUCUCAAUCCGACAGUGGAGCCGACCCUUUUCCUUCAGAGACAACUGCAAUUCAGCGAUCCAUGCCGCGAUUCUCUAAUG